AAAUAUGUCGAGUUCUAAUUGGAUGACCAGAAACCAAUUGGGAUGGCCUGGCAGCAGAGGGCGGGGCAGAGGCUGGACUUUGGGUUGCAGCUCAAGGUUUCUGCUCAACCGCAGGCUCUGAGCUUGGGGCAAAGCUUGGGGCAAAGCUUGGGGAUGGGGACCCUUACCUGACGUGAACCAGGCAGCAGAGCCACGUCUCUGUAGACCAUCGGAGCGGACGGGCAAAGAAUCGUCUCCCACAGAAGCCUAAUUGUAGCUUUGAUCAACCCUCCCCAUCGCUGGCCUCUGCUGCACCCUUUGCCCUCAGCGGGAGUAGAGACCACCACUCCCCCCCCCACCGGAACCUGUCUCAGUGCAACUUCCCAUCAGAAUGCUGGCUUGAUACCGUGAGGUCCAGGUGUGGCCAGGAUCCAGGACUAUGCCUACCUUUUAGAAAAAUUCCCCUAAUGCAUGAAACGUGCUCUAAGAAGAGAAAAAAUGAAAAUGCAAGAAGCAACAGCAGAUGCCAUCAGUAUAGCCAUGGAGUCUCAGAUCUUCUUCCCAAUCUCUUCCUGAGAAAAUGAACCACAGAAUGAGCUAAUCCACCAUGACGACUACAAGUACGACUACAAGUUCUGUGUGAAACUAUUUCAGCUUGUGUUGGAAGAUGGAUGACUCAGAGAGAGAUUUCAACCUUAAAGUCGUCCUGCACAGCUUCAAGCAGUGUCUCACUGAUGAGGGAGAGGUGCUGCUGGACCACUAUAUUGCCAGCUGGAAGGGGCUUGUCAGGUUUCUGAACAACUUGGGGGCUGUCUUCUCAUUCAUUUCCAAGGAUGUGGUCUCAAAGCUGCAGAUAAUGGAGCAUCUGAGAAGCAGCCCACAGUCUGAACACUACACUAGCUUGCAGUCCAUGGUAGCCUACGAGGUGAGCAACAAGCUGGUGGACAUAGAUCACCACUCCCGUCCCCGACACCCUACCUCAGGCUGCCGGACUGUGCUGCGCCUACAUCGUGCUCUGCACUGGCUACAGCUAUUCCUGGAAGGCCUGCGCACCAGCUCUGAGGAUGCUCGUACCUCCACACUCUGCAGUGAGGCCUACAAUGGCACACUGGCUGCCUAUCACUCCUGGAUAGUACGUCAAGCUGUCACUGUGGCCUUCUGUGCCUUACCCUCACGAAAGGUCUUCCUGGAGGCCAUGAAUGUGGGAUCCUCUGAGCAAGCAGUGGAGAUGCUGGGAGAGGCCUUACCCUUCAUUGAGAAUGUGUAUGACAUCUCUCAGAAGCUCUAUGCUGAGAAUUCCCUGCUAAACCUGCCCUAGUAGUGGUAACCAUACUGUGUGGACUUCCCCUGCUCAGAACUGGGUGUGGACAACCUGGGACUACUCCCACAGCAGUGCUUUGUGGAUACUACUAUCACCCCUGAAAGCUGAGCUUGUUGAGAAUCACAGUCUGUGAAAAGAAGAGUAUUGGGCAGCUGAACCAAGAAAGUGGGUGCUGGUCAUCCUCUUGGUCCAGGAUGAGACAGUUGAACUCCAGUUUUGCCCUACACUCUAGUUAUGUGUGUGUUCAGUCAAGCUUGAUUGAAGUGCAGAUAGCAAUUGGAGAAGAUAGGGGCUGGGGGUGUCAUGUAUCUGCAACAACCCAAGGUUGCUCUACCUCUUGUGUAGAAUCUGAAAUGGUAUAAAGAUACAAGGACCCCUGGAACUGUCUUCCCUACAGCCAACAUGCCCAGCCAAUGUGUAUCCUCCUGAGCUCAUCUUGAGCCUCAGACAUGGCACUGGUACCAAGCAAACACCCUUUAGCCUACAUGCCUGGGGCCCCUUCAUAUUCCAAAAGCUGUCCUCAGGUAAGAUAAAGUUCUCUGGCAGUGGCAUGAGUACUGAAGGCUCUUUCCUUGCCCUUCACCUGCUUCCUUGUUAGUCUCUCUGCAUACCAAACAGGCCCUUGUCUCUUUGAGAAUGGAAACUGUAUGAAACCAAUAGCUGAGGCUUUCACAACUUCUGUAGUAUAGUUUCAUCAGUGUUCUGAAGGUGGCCCCUUAAGAGCACAUGCAUUCCCAAGAUUCUAAGAUGUCAAUACUAACUGGCCAAACCAUACCUCUCUCUAGCCAGCCCUGCUGCUCCUGUUGCCAUGGUACCCAGGACAUGAUUGGUGGAAGGACCCUUUGUCUGACAAAUGGCCAUACCCAGCAUUGCUGAUGCCCACUGUAUAAGACCCUAAGCUUUCCCACUGGGUCUUAAUGUUAAACCCUAGGACAGUGUCCUCAGUGUAGCUGAUGUGUGUAAAUGCAAACUUUGGGGCAUAUCUCUUUCCUUAAGAACUGUGAUAUAUGUAGUAUUUCCAACAUAAAUAAAUUAUACCUAUACGAUU